AUGAAACCUCUCCGUAGUAAUGUGGUGGGUACGGUGGCGUUCUUGUGGUUCGCGUUCCUGAUGUCACACAAGGUAGUCGAACCGGCCAAAAUUCUUAGCAUCUUUCCUACCAUGUCCAAAUCUCACUGGAUACUUGGUUCGUCCCUUAUGAAAGAGUUGGCACUGGAUGGACACGAGGUAACAGUGAUAAGUCCGUUCCCGUUGAAAAAUGCGCCCAAGACUUAUCGCCACGUGAAUGUUGAAUUUAACAGUCGAAUGUUUGAAGAAAUCAUGGACGAAGUGUUUGAUAAAAUCGAUGACAGCAUCGUGGAGAAGAUGCUGGAACUGGGUCGUUUUGUGCGUGAAAUAACCAACACCACCCUAGCCGCACCGGAAGUUCAAUCUCUGCUCCGAUCGGACGAAACGUUCGAUCUACUCGUUUUGGAGAUAUUCCUCGACGAUGCAUUUCUUGGGUUUGCCGACCGUUUCAACUGUCCUGUAGUGGGAAUGUCAACGUUUGGCGUUUCAUCGUGGGUGAAUUCGCUUACCGGUUCGCCACAACCACUAUCGUACGUACCGCAUCCGAUGUCAAGCUUCACUGAUAAGAUGAACUUCUGGCAACGGCUGGGUAAUGUGCUGUUCACCGCGUUCGACGAAACACUGCUCAAGUUCAUGUGCGAACCAAUACACCGAGAGUUUUAUGAAAUGUACUUCCCCAAUGCUACCCGUUCGUUGCGUGAGAUGCAGAAGCAUGGAGUUACGCUCGUGCUGGUCAACAGCCACUUUAGCUUAAGCUUCCCACGCCCGUAUCUACCUAACCUGAUUGAGGUUGGAGGAUUUCAUGUCAAUCGCAAAGUAAAUCCACUCCCUGAGGACAUUAAAACGUUCAUCGAACAAUCGAAAGACGGUGUGAUUUACUUCUCGAUGGGAUCCAACCUUAAACCAUCGAAAAUGGACCAGCAAAAGCGUAACGAUGUUAUUCGAGUGCUUUCGGGUCUCAAGCAGAACAUCAUCUGGAAGUGGGACGACGAUACGCUCGUGUUGGAUAAGAAAAAAUUCUUGAUCGGCAAAUGGUUCCCUCAGGAUGACAUCCUUGCACACCCGAACGUGAAGCUGUUCAUUACGCACGGAGGGCUUCUCAGUUGUACCGAAUCGAUCUACCACGGUGUACCGAUCGUAGGCAUUCCGAUAUUUGGUGAUCAACUUUUAAACAUGGCUCGAGCGGAACAGUCUGGAUGGGGCAUUGGGGUGGCUUACAAGAAUCUGAAUGAACAGACGUUCCGUAAGGCGAUUAACGAUGUCCUAGGUGAUGAGAGCUAUGCCGCAAACGUGAAAACAAUCUCCCGCAGACUGAGAGAUCAACCGCUCGCCCCGAUGGAUACGGCUAAGUUUUGGAUCGAGUACGUUCUUCGGCAUGAUGGCGCAAAGCAUCUGAUCUCUUCGGCGCAAGAUCUUAACUUCGUGCAGUACAACAAUUUGGACGUGUUUUUGUUUAUAGGCGCAGUUGUUGUAGCAUUUGUGCUGUUGGUUAGAUUAGGCGUUAAAAAGCUUUUUAAUACUCUGUUCCGAAGAAAGAGUAAGCAAAUAAGCACAAAAAAGAAAAAUUAA